AUGGGCCAGGUCGUCCACAUGAGCACUUGGAGCUCUGCCCCGGACAACCCUAGCCUGCGCGGGUUCUGGUUCCGGAGCUCCGGCGAGCCCAUCCCAAGAAUCGGCGUCAGCAAUCAGCAUACGCCGCCGUCGGCAAAGCCAAUUGGUACCGUGACAGCGAGGGGCCGGAGACGGAGAGGGUUUCAAUGGGGUGGAUGCCUACCCGCCAUGCUGCUUGUGCAGAUUGGCUUCGCCCGUAUGAACCUGCUGUCCAAGAUGUCGCUGGACAACGGCAUGAGCCCCUACGUGCUCAUUGCCUAUAGCAGCCUUAUGGCCGCCGGCUUCCUCGCUCCGUUCGCUCUCUUCUUCGAGAGGAAUAUGUGGAUGCUGAUCAACAAGCAGGUAGCUUUCCAGAUAUUCGUCUCCUCCAUUCUUGGCAUGACCGUGAGCGAGCUCCUCUUCUUCGUGGGCUUCAAGUCCACCAGCCCGACCGUGGCCUGCGCGAUCGGCAACAUGGUCCCAGCGCUGACCUUCGUCCUAGCCGCGGCGCUCUUCUUCGGUAUCGUCGUCUGGGGGAUCACGUUUGCUGUGAUGACAUGGUGCAUUCAGGUGCGGGACCCGCUGUUCGUCUCCAUGUUCAGCCCUGUGGCUCUCGUCGUCGUCGGCCUUCUCGGCUGGGCUUUUCCUUGA